GGUUUUAUGAGCAACAGCAGCAGACUUGUAUAACAGAAUUAUAAACGCCAAAUACUGAACUCCUCCUCCUCAUAAUCAUCAUCGCGCAUCUACAGGCUGCAGGAGCAGAGCGAUAUGAGUUCACAAGGGUACACUAGAACUGAGCUUUUCACUUUCACUGCUCAUUGGAUUUCUUACAUGAAAGAUAUUACAGUUUAACAUAAGCGGCAUCCCUAGUUAAACCUGAUAACAGGUUUGUCACAUUCAGUCUCGUUACCAGCGUUCAUUAUGGGAUUGCGCGUAUUUGGUGCUUCCCGUUACGCAUACGCGUGCCUUUGCUUAUUUGCUGUUGUCCUAGAAGUUGUCCAAUCUCAGAGGAAUCCGGGCACACAACAAAGAAAUGCCCAAGCAGAGGGUCUCCGGCAAACACUACAGUGGUCUCACAACGGCAAGGUUUUUAGCAUUUUAAGUCAGGGGUCGGAGUACCAACGACCGAGACCAAGAGGCGCACCUCAGGAGCAAGUGCAGGCGCAAUCUGUCACCAUCAUUCGCGAUGCAGACGUGAGUCAUCUGGACGCCCAGAGCCAGCCAGGGACCCAGCAGCAACGGCAGUCUCUCCUCAGCCUCCCGCAGCCGCUCCAGAGGCUCCUGAGAGGGCACGAGCAUCCUCACCGUAGACGUACUAACGAGCGCGCCGAGACGCAAGGGACCCGUAUGGUCAACGACACCCAGGAAAAGUCCACCGGCAGUCCACCUCUGGUCAGAAGAGAAGAUAUGAUGGUUGGUGAUGAUCCAUACGACCCCUACAAAUCAAUUGACAGUGAAAAUCCCUAUUACAAUUACUAUGACGUUUACGAGAGACCUAGGCCGAGACCAAGACCCGGAUAUGGCACAAGCUAUCAUCAGUACGGUCUGCCAGAUCUUGUGCCUGACCCAUAUUACAUUCAAGCCUCUGCCUAUGUCCAGAGAACCCCAAUGUACAACUUGAGAUGUGCAGCUGAGGAAAACUGUUUGUCAAGCUCAGCCUAUAGAUCAAGUAUGAGAGACUAUGACUCACGUAUGCUGCUGAGGUUUCCUCAGAGAGUUAAGAACCAGGGGACAGCUGACUUUCUCCCCAGCAGGCCACGCUACUCCUGGGAGUGGCACAGCUGCCACCAGCACUACCACAGCAUGGAUGAGUUCAGCCACUAUGAUCUGCUGGAUGCCACUACUCAUCGGAGUGUGGCAGAGGGCCAUAAAGCCAGCUUCUGCUUGGAGGACACCUCCUGUGAUUAUGGAUACCACAGAAGAUACGCCUGCACCUCACACACCCAGGGUCUUAGCCCAGGAUGUUAUGAUACCUACAACGCAGACAUCGACUGCCAGUGGAUUGACAUUACAGAUGUGAAACCUGGCCAUUAUAUCCUCAAGGUCAGUGUGAAUCCUAACUAUCAGGUCCCAGAGUCAGACUAUAGCAACAAUAAUGUGCGCUGCGAUGUUCGCUACACUGGCAACUAUGCCUAUGUGACGGGUUGCCACAUGUCAUCCUAUUAAGAUAUUAAGUAAUCCACAGAGAAUCAGCAGACUUUCCAUGUAUAUGACCCUGAAGAUGACUGCCUGCAGAGACAUGCAAAAACUUACAAUAUGAUUUUGUAAAACACACAUUCUGUUUAGAGUUUAAAAUUGAGAAAAAAAAAAAACAUAUAUAUGGCACCAGUUAUGUACGUUUUAUUUCUUUCGUCUUCUUUCUUUUUUUUAUGCUUUUAUGAGGAAUCAGCUUUUAAACAUUUUAAAAUUUUCUAUUUAAAAAUAGAAAAUAAAUCUGUUGAGCUGUGCUGUAUGCUUGCAACUCAUACUGCUUGUAAAAUACUUAAUGAAAUCUAUAAAAAGUUUAGGAGCUUAGAGAAGUGAGAUACAAACACAAACAGUGUCCUCAUUGCUAAGUCAAAAUGUCACAUUUUAAAUUGAACCAGAUGUUUGAAACGAAGUGCAUUUAUUAUAUUUAUAUGUAACAGAUUCAAAAGUUUUGAUGAAGCUUACUUGAAUAAAAUUUUGAGAUGUUG